CCUUCGAGAAUUACCAACGAAUCCCGACGAAUCAGCAGAGAGCUAAAAGCAUGAAAUACCUUUAAAAAUAUCAAUCAAAAAUUAAAAUUAACUGAACCUGGACUGGACUGCUAGACCUUCGUUUUGUUCGAACAGUGUCAAAGGUCUGACACACCAGGGGGUCACAACAAACAACAAUCAUGCAUCGAGCAAGGAUAGUGUUUAACAUCUCUAAAUCUGGCCAAAGUGAGAGAUUUGCAUCAUGGCUCCUAAAUAAACCACAGACUGCCGCGGUUUCAGUAAAUGCCAAUAGGCUGAAGAGCUCCACCGCGGCGGAACCCUUCCUCAAUGGCUCCAGUUCAGCUUACGUCGAGACUAUGUACAAUGCAUGGCUCGCAGACCCAAACUCGGUACACGCGUCUUGGGAUGCAUUUUUCCGCAAUGCGACAAACGGAGCUCAGCCAGGCGCCGCAUACACGCCACCGCCCAAUCUCGCGCCAUACAACAAGAACGAGGUCCCGCUCACAUCGCUCGUGCCAUCUAGCGGCGGAAUGCCUUCGAUUUCAGCAGGUUCCCCUAUAAACGAGAAGAUAAUCGACGAUCACCUCGCCGUGCAGGCUAUCAUCAGGAGUUACCAGUCGAGGGGUCAUCUUGUGGCGCAACUUGACCCGUUGGGAAUAUCGACCGGGGAUCCGGUGUCGAGCGCUGAUUGGCACGGCGGCAUGCGAGCCUUCGCUAACGAAGCUAUCCGGGGACAUCAUGUAGCGAAACUCGAUCCGUUGGAGAUUGCGAACUACGAUUUGGGCGGUAAAAGUCCCACUGAAGUGAUACACAACAGCUACAGAUUUGAUGAAGCCGACAUGGACAGGGUAUUCAAACUACCCUCAACUACGUUUAUCGGCGAAAAAGAAAAAGCGCUCCCGUUGAGAGAAAUUCUGAAUCGUUUGGAGCAAGCGUACUGCAACAACAUCGGUAUUGAGUUCAUGUUCAUAAAUUCCCUGGAACAAUGCAACUGGAUCCGACAGCGCAUGGAGCCACCGAACGUAACAAAGAUGAACGCUGACCAGAAGAGGCUCAUCCUGGCUCGUCUAACCAGAUCAACUGGGUUCGAGAAUUUCCUCGCUAAGAAAUGGUCCUCCGAGAAGCGUUUCGGCUUGGAGGGCUGCGAAAUUUUGAUUCCGGCGAUGAAGCAAGUCAUCGAUGUUUCCACGAAACUCGGAGUCGAAUCCAUCAUUAUGGGCAUGCCCCAUAGAGGGCGCCUCAACGUACUCGCUAACGUGUGCCGUAAGCCUUUGCACCAGCUGUUCACACAGUUCGCCGGUCUCGAAGCUGAGGAUGAUGGUUCCGGCGACGUGAAAUAUCACUUGGGCACGUACAUCGAGCGUUUGAAUCGCGUUACCAACAAGAACAUUAGAUUGGCUGUUUGCGCGAACCCCUCGCACUUGGAGGCCGUCGACCCCGUGGUGCAGGGCAAGACCAGAGCCGAGCAGUUCUACAGGGGAGACAACGAGGGCAAGAAGGUGAUGUCGAUCCUGCUGCACGGCGACGCGGCGUUCGCUGGUCAGGGCGUCGUGUUCGAGACGAUGCACCUGUCGGACCUGCCCGCCUACACCACGCACGGGACCAUACACAUCGUCGCCAACAACCAGAUCGGGUUCACGACCGACCCCAGGCACUCCAGAUCUUCCGCCUACUGCACAGACGUGGCCCGCGUUGUAAACGCUCCGAUAUUCCACGUGAACGGCGACAAUCCCGAGGCCGUGAUGCACGUUUGUAACGUGGCUGCCGAAUGGAGAGCCACGUUCCACAAGGACGUUGUUAUUGACAUCGUCAGCUACAGGAGAAACGGACACAACGAAGUCGACGAACCGAUGUUCACUCAGCCCCUCAUGUACCAGAAGAUUCGUAAGACCAAACCAGUAUUGGAGAAAUACGCGGACCAGUUGAUCGCGGAAGGAGUCGUCACAGCUGAGGAGGUUAAAGACGUGAAGGACAAAUACGAAAAGAUCUGCGAGGACGCGUACAACCAAGCCAAACAGGAGACCCACAUCAAAUACAAGGACUGGCUCGACUCGCCCUGGUCGGGCUUCUUCGAGGGGAAGGACCCCCUAAAGAUGUCGGCCACCGGUGUAGUGGAGGAGACCCUCGUGCACAUCGGGCGUCGGUUCUCAUCCCCCCCUCCCAACGCCGCGGAGUUCGAGAUCCACAAGGGUCUGCUCCGUAUCCUGAAGUCGCGCAUGGAGAUGGUCGACAAUCGUACAGUGGACUGGGCGCUCGCCGAGGCGAUGGCCUACGGAUCUCUGCUCAAGGAGGGCAUCCACGUGCGUCUCUCUGGUGAAGAUGUUGAGCGAGGCACAUUCUCUCACAGACAUCACGUGCUCCACCACCAGAAGGUCGACAAGGCCACUUACUGCGCCUUGGCACAUCUGUACCCCGACCAGGCUCCAUACACUGUGUGCAACAGCUCACUGUCUGAGUAUGGUGUCCUGGGUUUCGAGGUCGGCUACUCCGUAACGAACCCGAACGCCCUGGUGCUGUGGGAGGCCCAGUUCGGAGACUUCAACAACGUGGCCCAGUGCAUCAUCGACCAGUUCAUCUCCAGCGGACAGGCCAAGUGGGUGCGCCAGUCCGGCAUCGUACUGCUGCAGCCUCACGGCAUGGAGGGGAUGGGCCCCGAGCACUCCUCGGCUCGUUUGGAGAGGUUCUUGCAGAUGUGCUCCGACGACCCGGACUACAUGCCCCCGGAGAGCCCCGACUAUGAAGUGCGUCAGCUUCACGACUGCAACUGGAUCGUAGCGAACUGUUCGACUCCGGCGUCGUAUUUCCACAUUCUGCGUCGCCAGAUCGCUCUGCCCUUCCGGAAGCCGCUCAUCUUGAUGACGCCUAAGUCUCUGUUGCGUCAUCCCGAAUGUAAAUCCUCCUUUGACGACAUGAAGGAGGGAACCAAUUUCAAGAGAGUGAUCCCCGAAGAAGGUCCAGCCUCCGAGAACCCUCAGAAUGUACGCAAACUCGCAUUCUGUUCCGGACGCGUCUACUACGAUCUACUCAAACAGAGACGCGACAAGGGACUCGAAAAGGACAUUGCUAUUGCUAGACUCGAGCAGAUCUCUCCGUUCCCGUACGACCAGGUGAAGGCCGAGAUCGCGAAGUACCCGAACGCUCAGCUCGUGUGGAGCCAGGAGGAGCACAAGAACAUGGGCUCGUGGAGCUACAUCGAGCCGCGCUUCCGCACCCUCCUGCAGAACCAGAAGCAGAUUAGCUAUAACGGUCGCGCCACAGCCGCCUCUCCAGCGACCGGCUCAAAAGCCGCCCACAACAAGGAACUGAGGAACCUUCUCGAAGAGUUCUGCGUGUUAUAAGCCUUCGAGUAUCCCAUCAAGAAAUAGUCCGGACCCCUAACACUGACGACGAACUCGCUAGUAACUCGCGGUACAACUUAGACGUAAAUUAUAUUAAUUAGGGAGCUUGCCGUUAUUUGCGAGAUCAAAUCGAAAUAGUCAACAAUAGUAGCGUUAUAGUUGAGCAUAUCUGCCAUAAACACUUAAACAAAAAUGUUAUAAUUAUAUCGAAACGAAAAAGAAAAAAAAAACUAUUGAUCGUAAUUUCGAUUAUCGAAAAUUGUUUGAUUUUCAAUUAUUUUUUUAAUCCUUUUAUUUCGUUACUGUCAGUAUUUUGUUGUAAUUCUCUUCAAAUUUAAUUAUCUAGGCUAGUUAGAUAAAAUUUCUUAUUUAUUUAUUUAACAGUAGAAAUUAGUACGUGACUCUUACGUAGUAUUUAAAAAACGUUACCUAUUUAAUAUUAAUUGUUAAUAAAAAGCAAUAUGUUUUAGUCUCACGUAGUCACUCCACUAUGUUACGGCGUCGUUUCAUGUUGUAAGAAAUUAUUGAUUUAUAAUAAAUUAUCGUACAUACUUUUAUUAUUUAGUUAUUUGUAAAAAUAAAAUGCGUUUCGCUUUUGCGCUAUACAUAAUAAUAUACAUAUUGUAUUAUUCGCGUUAACGGGUUUAAAUUUUUUAAUGUUUUAACGUUUAUAGUCGCUAGUCCGAACGUGAAGAUACGUAAUCACUUAAAAUGAAUAUAAAGUUAUUAAUUUUGUCUCAUAAAAAAAAAAUAAGUUGCUUUAUAAUCGUAGUUAAUAAACCCCUAAAAAUUAUCUUUGAGAUGUUAGAGUAACAAUAUAAUUGGGCACUAGUUGUGAUUCGGAUCGCACCUUCUAGUUCAUUAGUACUUUACACGUAUGUAGUUUCGUAGCGUAUGUGCACCACUAAAAUUUAAUUAAAAAAGAAUCGAUUUUAAUUACCAAAAAUAAGCUUAGGCAUUUUUGAAGAGGCAAAAAAAUAUAGUGUAAACGUGCUGUAUUAAGAAUUUCAGAAAUUUCUGCAUUAAAUUAUGGGUACCUAGUUUUCCGUAUUGUUAAUGUAUAAAAUGGGAUAUUAAUCUAAAUAUCCAAUACGGAUGAAAGGGAAAUUGGAUAUUUUAUCGACUUUUUUUUUAACAGCAUUGCUACCGUCGCGCUUUCAAAACGAAAUAUAAUUAUUUUUGGUAAUUGAAAAAUAGUAUGUAUGUGUGGUGUAUAGAGGUCGUUUUUUUUUUUCGCAACCAUCCGGCUUCUUAGCGGUUUGGUUCGCUUAAAGUUACCGUCGUUAUGAACGACUCUUGUAAGGAUUAACACCAACGUCCCGCUUUGUAUAAAUAAAAUACGCAUAAUUUAAUCCUCUUGAAUGUCUUAAAAGUUAUAUUUAAAGAAAAAGUGUAUGAAGCACUCUCUCUGGUUCACGCGAGCGAUUAAAAACAUUUUUAUGGUAUUUUUUUUGUCGUUUUUAACACGUUAUCUACGGGAACACGUCGAUCAUUCAAUGUCCCUUGUAAAUUAAAUAGGAUAUAAAAACCAUAAAACAGUUUUUAAUACAAUUCAAUAAAAUUUCAUUAAAAUCGAGACUAUUCGACGUGUAAAUGACGAUUUAUAGUCCAGUUUUAGUCUCGGUCAUAAUAUGAAAAAUUAUCGAUGCCAUUGGCUUUGUUGUAAAACUUGGCGCACGUAUUGAAGAGCCCUGUUUUACUGAUAAUUUAAAUGUUUUCUAUGUUCCCGUAUUAUUGUUGCUCAGGUUGUGUGGUGAUAUGAAUGAUAAGAGUGUUUUGUUUGUGCAUGAGGACUUGAGCCAAUUUAUUGCUAUAUAGUUCGUACUAGUUACUUUACAAUAAACAUAAUAUACAGCAA